AUGCUGCCAAUCCAGAACAACAUGGAGAUCCUAAGUAACUUGACAUCUAAAUUUCCAGCCUUCUUUUUGACCAGUAUUCCUGGCCUAGAGUCUGUCCAUGCCUGGAUCUCCAUUCCUUUCUGUUGUCUGUAUACCGUUGCCCUCUCUGGGAACAGCAUGAUCCUGUUUGUCAUCAUUACCCAGCAGAGUCUCCAUGAGCCCAUGUACUAUUUCCUCUCCAUGCUGUCAGCUGCUGACUUGGGCUUGACUCUUUCUACAAUGUCAACAACAUUAGGCAUUCUCUGGUUUGAUGCAAGAGAAAUCAGUCUGGAUACUUGCAUUGUCCAGAUGUUUUUUCUUCAUGGAUUUACCUUCAUGGAGUCUGGGGUGCUGGUAUCUAUGGCUUUUGACCGUUAUGUGGCGAUCUGUGAUCCUCUGAGGUACACUACCAGUCUCACUAAUUCCAGAAUCAUUCAGAUGGGCCUCUUAAUGAUUAUACGCACUGUGGUAUUGAUAGUGCCACUACUCUUGCUCCUUAAGCCCCUGUAUUUCUGUAAAAUGAAUACCCUUUCCCACUCCUACUGUUACCAUCCAGAUGUGAUUAAAUUAGCAUGUUCUGAUACUCGGGCCAACAGCAUCUGGGGAUUAAUUAAUCUCAUCCUGACCACAGGAGUAGAUACACCAUGCAUCAUCCUGUCUUCUAUCUUGAUCGUUUGCUCUGUCCUCCAUAUUGCCUCCCCUGAAGAACGACACAAGGUCUUUAGCACCUGUGUCUCCCACAUUGGAGCUGUAACUAUUUUCUAUGUCCCCAUGAUGAGCCUGUCCUUGGUGCAUCGCUAUGGUCGAACAGCACCCAAAGUGGUCCAUUCGAUGAUGGCCAAUAUAUACCUGCAUUUGCCCCCUGUCCUCAAUCCCAUCAUCUACAGUGUAAAAACAAAACAGAUUCGCAAGGCUGUAUGCAGUCUUCUCCUUACAAAAUAA